GUAGGGUGUGGUGGAUGAAUGGAUGUGUAUGAGUCCGCGUAUCUCUGGGUGUGUGUGUGUGUUUUUCAUACGGGAAUGAAGCUCCGUGUCCGCGCAGACUGAGGGCUGCAGAUUUGCUUCAGCGCAUCUUUCAGCCGGGUGGACUGGAAGAUGCAGACGUCGGUAUGUAGCGUCGCUGCCGGACUCUACAAUCAUGACGACCGGAGGAAGAUGCGUGAAUUGACUUGUGUCAUUUCUGGCAUUGUUGGUUAUUUCUCUCUUUCCACCGAGUGAAUCUGGACAGGACUGAAAUGGAGCGUCAAUCCAAAGCGUGAGAGGCAUUGACCGACAGUCUGUGUGUUUGUGGGCUAAAAUUGGACAAUAAGCAAAAGGAAAGCAGAGGGGGGGGAGGGGGGGGGGUCUCGUCAUUUGCCAUGGUAAUUUUUUUUUUGUCUCUAUUUUUAGCCACAAUUUCUUUUCUCUAUUGUGACAUGACCACAAAGCCAUACUGAAGGUUUCAGUAACGAUUUUUAAUGAAAUAUAAUUCAGAGACAACUGUCUGAUUAGAAAUAUUAUGAUUUAAUUUAUUUAAUUCAAAGAAGCCAGUCAUGUCCAAGAUUAAGAGCAGCGAGUCAGUGAAGGUAGUAGUUCGAUGCCGUCCAUUGAACCGGAAAGAGGAGUCCAAUGGUCCUGCUGGGGGGAUUGUACAAAUGGAUCUGCGGCUGGGGCAGGUGAUCCUCAGAAACCCCAGGGCACCACCAAGCGAGCCACAAAAAACAUUCACAUUCGAUGCAGUGUACGACUCAAGCUCCAAACAGCGAGACCUUUAUGAUGAAAGCGUCCGGCCGCUGAUAGAUUCGGUUCUCGCGGGGUUCAAUGGCACCAUCUUUGCCUACGGGCAGACCGGAACUGGGAAGACCUACACCAUGCAGGGAGUGUGGCUGGAUCCAGAAAAGCAAGGUGUGAUCCCCAACGCUUUUGACCACAUCUUUACACACAUCUCCCGCUCACAGUCCGACAAGCAGUAUCUGGUGCGGGCAUCCUACCUUGAGAUCUACAGAGAGGAGGUCCGUGAUCUCCUUGAUCCCAACCAUGGCAACACCAGAGGACUGGAGCUCAGAGAGAGUCCUGAGACAGGAGUGUAUGUUCAAGAUCUCACAUCAUGCGUGUGCAAAAGCAUCAAGGAGAUCGAGGAGGUGAUGAAUGUGGGUAAUCAGGCGAGGGCAGUUGGAGCAACGGACAUGAACGAACAUUCAUCCAGGUCCCACGCCUUGUUUUUGAUCACUGUGGAAUGCAGCCAACCCGGACCAGAUGGGAGGAAACAUAUUCGAGUGGGGCGCCUCAACCUGGUGGACCUGGCUGGCAGUGAGCGCCAAGCCAAGACAGGGGUCCAGGGAGACCGCCUUAAAGAAGCUGCCAAGAUCAACCUAUCUCUGUCAGCUCUGGGGAAUGUGAUAUCAGCUUUAGCAGAUGGACGCAGCGGUCACGUUCCAUACCGGGACUCCAAGCUGACCCGGCUGUUGCAGGACUCUUUGGGUGGCAAUGCCAAGACUGUCAUGGUUGCCACUCUUGGCCCGGCCUCCCAGCAUUACGAUGAAACUCUCACCACCCUUCGCUAUGCCAAUCGUGCAAAGAACAUCCAGAACCAGCCCAAAGUCAACGAGGACCCCAAAGAUGCUCUGCUCCGUGAGUUUCAGAAGGAGAUUGCUCGUCUCAGAGCCCAGCUCAACCACAGGAGGUGGAGGAGCAAACAGAAGAAGGAGCAGAUGGAUGGUGAGGCUUGGGAAAGAGAUGGGGAUGAAGAGGAGGAAGAGGUCGAGGAAGAAGAGGUGGAAAAGGAGGCAGAAGAGUUUGUGAAGCUGGAGGAACAAAGGUUGGAGAAGGAGAAUGAGGCCAUCAGAGAGGAUCAAUUCCUGUUGGCAGAGGAAAAGCAGAGGCUCCUGGGGGAGAACGAGAAGAUGAUGGGGGAUCUUAGGAAGAGGCAGGAAGCCACCGAACAGCUGACUGCAAGAUACAAGGCAAUGGAGAGCAAGCUGCUGGUUGGAGGGAAGAACAUUAUAGAUCACACCAAUGAGCAGCAGAAGAUGCUGGAGAUGAAAAGGCAGGAGAUCGCUGAGCAGACACGUAGUGAGAGGGAGAUGCAGCAGCAGAUGUUGAUCCAGGAUGAGGAGGCAGUGGAGCUUAGGGACACUUUUACAUCACUUCAGCAAGAGGUUGAGGCCAAGACCAAGAAACUCAAGAAGCUGUACGCCAAGCUUCAGUGCAUCAAGGCGGAAAUCAAGGACGUGAACGACGAGCACGUGAGGAGCCGGCAGGAGCUGGAGCAAACGCAGAACGAGCUCACCAGAGAGCUCAAGUUCAAGUAUCUGAUCAUCGAGAACUUCAUCCCUCCAGAGGAGAAGAAUAAAAUCAUGAACAGGCUGAUGUUUGACCCCGAGGAGGAUCAAUGGAAGUUCAAACCUCUUGUUCCAGAUAAAGCUAAAUCCUCACAGAUGAAGAAAAGACCGGCAUCUGCAGUCGGAUACAAACGACCUAUCAGCCAAUAUGCUCGGGUCGCCCUGUCAAUGGGAGCUCAUUCCAGAUACAGGGCUGAGAACAUCAUGUUCCUGGAGCUGGACACGACUCCUCCAAACACCUCAGCUCUGACGGACGGGGAGCAGAACCAAAGUCCCUCUUUGAACAUCUCUGCCACCAAGGACAAAGGAGUCUGCAAGUUUCGUUCUUGGUGUCAGAGCCAAAAAUCCAUCACUUCCUCCUCUUCUAAUAACUCCUUGACAGGUUGUCAGACGCCCACGUCCGCAGUGGCGAUGUAAAGCUUUGUUAGUUUUUUUAAAUUGUUAUUUAUUUUAUUUCUUUAUUUGUUUUGGCCUGUUUGCCGUUUUAAGACCUUUAAUCGAGGCCUACAGCCAGGACACCAACAAACACCAUCACCUCUGCUGCCUCAUAAAGAAGGCAUAAACAACUGUACAUGGAAAACAGGAAGAUAACAGACCGGAUGAACCUCAGAGACUCUGUGAGACUUCACUCCUUCCAUUGCUUUUGAAUCAAACUGUUCCUUCAUUCUGCAUGCUUGAAUCAAAGAGGUUUUGGAUCAUCGUUUUCGAAGAAAGGCUGAGGCACUGAGCUAACUGCUGUGUCUGGGAAAUAAAUAGUUUCCAGUAGAGACCAAUUCAGAUCUCAAUAAAUCCUGAGAUAUCUGUAAAUAUUUCAUCUAUUCAGCAUUUUUUUAAGGGUAGGGUUGGUCUGUUUUCUGUGUAAAAGAAAGACUUCACAAAUUAGAAAAAAAUUAUUCUGUGUUGGCUUUUGGAAAUGAGCACAGUAAAAUAAAAAUAUGUUUGUUGUUGGUCAGAUGUGGUACUGAAACCUGAAUGAUGACCUUUCUCAUCCCUGUUCAUUCCUCUGUCUUCAGUGUCUAAUUUAACUCAGAUGUCUUGAAAAGAUGUCAUUAAAAUAAAGAAUGUGAUGCUU